UGGCCAUCGCCGCCCUCUUCCCCCUGGGAGGUAACCUUCAAAGCACAGCGCUCAGCACAAUGGAUGACCAGCCGAGUGAUGGAGACGGACAGAAUCAAAGGACAUGCUCCCUUCAUUGUGACUAGAUGAAGGGGACACCUUCGUCAGACUGAUGCAGCUAAAAGAAAAUUAACUAGUUCUCUGGAUUUUGAGAAAGAGGACAUACUGAUCCGGUCGAUUACGUUUGUGCACCACACUCUCUCAGCAUAGAGCUCAUGUGCUGACCGCCUUUCACUGUGAUGCUGGUUAUGAGUAGUCCAUCCACUACCAAUGAGCCCGAGAGCUGCAGCGGUGAGGGGAGCAGCUGCACCUCUUCCUCCAUCACCACCUCUGAAUCGUCCUCUAUGUCUGGACACUCCACUCUACCUUCCCUCAGUGACACCCCGGACACCUCCAAGCACCAAGCUCCCCCUCCUCCUCCUCCUCCCCUGCCUCCCCCACCUCCAGGCGCUCCCCCUCCUCCGCCACCCCCAGCGACCACGUGCCACAAUGCGAGGAAGAAGCGUCGCGUUCGGAGCUUCUUCUGGAAGCCGAUCCCAGAGGAGAAGGUGCACGGUAAGCCCAACAUCUGGACGCUGGCGGUGCGGCAGCAGCAGUACCAGAUCGACGUUCGCUCAGUGGAGGAGCUGUUCGGGCAACAGGAGGAGGCGAGGGGCGUACGAGGGGCAACGGCGACCACUGGGACGUCAGCCGGUGUAUCCAGAUCCCGCUCAUUCAAGGAGAGCAGCAAGGAUGAGAUCAGCAUUCUUGAUUCCAAGAGAGGGAUGAAUAUUGGCAUUUUCCUGAAGCAGUUCAAGAAGUCCAACCGUUCUAUUGUUGAAGACAUUCGACGAGGAGAAGGGAAGAUUUAUGGGGCGGAGCUGCUGAAAGACCUGCUGAAGCUGCUUCCGGAGGUGGAGGAGAUCAAGAAGCUGCAGAUGUUCAAAGGCGACCCGGACAAGCUGACGCUGGUCGAUUCCUUUAUGUUCCUCCUGAUCCAGGUGCCACGGUACGAGGUCCGGAUCGAGGCCAUGGUCCUGUGUGAAGAGUUUGUCCCUUCCUGUGCUGUGAUGAGCCACGAGAUCGAUGCCGUCCGCGUCGCUACUAAAGAGCUGAUGGGCUGUGAGGAGCUUCAUGCCAUCCUUCAUCUGGUGCUGCAGGCCGGGAACAUCAUGAAUGCUGGUGGAUACGCAGGAAACGCUGUGGGAUUCAAACUCUCCUCUCUCCUCUCAUUGGCUGACACCAAGGCCAACAAGCCGGGGAUGAACCUGCUGCACUUUGUCGCCAUGGAGGCAAAGAAAAAAGACGAGAAGCUGCUCAAGUUUCCAGAGAAACUUCAGGAUGUUCAGAGUGCGGCCAGAAUCUCAGUGGAAAACAUCGAGGUGGAGUUUUCUUCUUUAUAUGUUCGGAUUAAAUCUCUGGAGGAAAAGGUUCAAGGAGAUCAGGAGCUGCUGCAGCAGCUGGAGCCGUUUCUGCAGAGUUCAGCACAGACUCUUCAGGACCUGAAGAGACGCAGGCUGGAGCUGCGUAAAGAGGGAAACACUCUCAUCGAUUUCUUUUGCGAGGACAAGGACACGUUCAAGCUGGACGAGUGCUUCCGCAUCUUUCAAGACUUCUGCAUUAAGUUCAAGAAAGCCGUUAAGGACAACUCCGAUCGCGAGGUGAAGGAAGCGGCCAGACAGCGUCGUCUGAGAGAGCUGGAGGAAAAGCGCUUUGCGUGGUCGGGUGCGGAUCAGAGCGGAGGAUUCGGUCGCAGCAGCAGCGAGAAUGAUGUGGAAAUGCUCAACAAGGAAGGCCUCCUGGAUUUCUUCCAGCAGAGGUCUCAGAGUCCACACACCCCGCUGGGACGUUCUGCCAGCGCCCGCCGCCACCGUCAUACCAUGACCUCCAUAGCUGACCGUGAACUCCAGGGAUACCUUGAGCUGUUUGGCGGCGCCGGGAAUCCCACUGACUGUUCCAAGUUUAACAGCCUACCUCGGUCGGGCCGCCCCAUGCAGCGGAGGACGACCCCGUGGAUCUCAGCGCAGGAUGACAACCGGGAGUUAGGCUGCGACAGACAGGCGACGUCUCCAUGUGCACAAACUGAACCCAUCAGCCCACUGGCCAGGUUUUCCUCUUCUGGGUUAAAUGAUAACGAGGAACCACACAACAACAACAAUCAUUACUCGUCUGUAUCUGAAGGCAGCGCUCUGCCUCGAUCCUUUUGCGUCUUUCAAAAGCCCAACCCAACAAUUAGCAGCCACAUGAACGUUAGCUUGGAGAAGCACACUUUAGUCCGAGGUCCUCAAGCCUUCGACCUACCUACUCCAGACAACAACAGUAAUCACAUGCACUUUGUCAAUCAGGGGGAUUUAGUGGUGACAGAUUUGGAAAAGGAGAGACGGAUACCCCCCAAGAGUCUGGACAACUUUCCAGGUGAUAAACUUUUAGACAGAGGAGCAGAUCCCAAGGAAGCGUGGGAAAAUAAAAUGGAUCCUCCCACACAGGCCGGGUCCUCUCCUGAACGAGAGAAAGAAGAAGAGGACAACAGCACAGUUUCCUCUACAACCUGCGAUACACCCCUCCCACUCGAUACCUCACUAUCCAAUAGGAAGCCAGUGUUUUACAUACUCGACUGCACAGAGACAGACUGUUCCGUCGCUCUGGAUUACUCUGAGGCUGAAAGCCCGUCUCUAACUAAAGAGGGGCGUCAUUUCAGAACGACGGACUGUAACAAAGACCAGGAGAGCCAACGAGAUCCAAGGUGUCUCUCCUCGAAUCUAGAGUCUCCCAACAACCAGUCCGUUUCCACCAAUGAGCGUUCAGCGCCAAAAUCUGUGGACGCAACAUCCAUGACGCCGUCUGUGACAACGGAGGAGUGGGACACGGAGAGCUGUGACACCGCCGAGGGAAAACAAGGUGCAGAGAAAGAUGCAGAGAGCAACAGAAAACUGGUGCUUGCAAAGAGUAAAGCCAACAAAGCAGCAAAAAUCGGUGGAGGUCGCGGAGUACGAACGCUCACCAGCAGCGAGAACCAGGGCAUGAGGAAAGUCGUGCCCAUUAGCAAGCCCACGAGGACGAGUAGCAGCAAGUGCCCAGAGAGAACUUUGGUGAAUGAGAGCGGGGAGUCACGGCGUCCUCUCCGGGACCAGAGCACGCCAGCGAGAGGAAGGAGCGAGAAGACGACGCGACCUCCUCGACACUCCAGUCUGCCGCCCGAUGAGACAACAGCUCAGAGGGGAAGCAGCCUCUCCAGUGGCAUUUCAAGGUGGGCACGCAAUGCGAUGCCAAGGAAGGCCUCCAUCCACAAGCCGAGCGCCAAACCGCUGAGGAACAUCCCCAAGCCUGCUCCUGAGGAGAAAAUGUGCCGCUCCACGAUGAGAGCCUUGGCCCAGGCUCAAGCUCAGGCUCAGGCUCAGGCACAGGCGCAGGGCGGAGCUUCAUCCGACAACAGCAGCUUGCACGCGCUCAGCGUAAAGAACCCCUCUGAUCUCCCCGGCUUCGCCCGUAACACUGUAGCUUCGUCCUCCAGAACCAAGAAAGAUCUGGGCCCCCCGUCCGUCCCCUCCACGCCGUCUCGCAGCCCCUCCCUCCUGGGUCGACAGCCCUCCUCCGUGAAGCAGAACAAGUUGACUCCCGCGGUUCACACCGGGGAGGAACCGCCGCACGGGACAAACCUGCGGCGAGUGCAAAGCGUGAAGGCCACCAGUCGGCGCUCCUAUCGCAGCGAGACCCCGCCUCCAUCACGCGAGGACAAUCGUACGAGUAGCUUUUCUGAAAAGUCGCUGAUGACACCGAGCAGGAGCGCGAAGCCGAGCUGGAAAUAAAAACACGCCCAGCGGAGACUUUCCCCCCUGAGCUCCAUUUAAAUUCAUCUCCAGAGCUGACGUCUCGUUUCAUUGAAUGCAACGAUCUCACCUUGUAGCUUCGUACAAGUCAGUUUACGAAUUGCAAAGAGCAAGAUGCAAUGAACUCCACCAUUUUGUUCUUUCUCAACUUCCCUUUUUUUCUGAGGGGUGGGGGGGGGGGUAUUAACUUAACUGACAAACGGCAAGUUGGUGUUUUUACCCAGGAGCCUCUUUGCCUGCUUAGCCGUCUGCAUCCUGUCUGUGUUAGUGUCUGUGAUGAUGUUGAACAUUAUUGUUAUGCUGCUAAUUCGCUCUGACAGUUUGAACCUGAGCUUCAGUGUCUUUUGAUUCAGGGUUUUCAGAUUUCGUUGAACUUUUACUUCGCUGCUGUAAACGGCGACUUUCAGUUUUAUCGUUUUUUCGUUUCCUUCGCUCGAUACCUCAGUUCAGAACUUGCAGUGGCCUUGAACCAGCAGGCGAAGUAGAAUAUAUUCUUUGGUUCUGCAUGAGAAAGAUGUAGACGA